UAACAUUUUAUUUAUUGUACUUUCAGAAAAGAGCUGGAAACAUGGCGUCAAGAAAAAAUCAAAACAUUGCCAUUCCUCUUUGUUUACCCAACAACUGCCGGUGGAACGCAGCAACUGGAAAAUAUAUUAAAACCGGACGACAGCGAACGUCUCUGUAUGUGGUGGAGGAAGCGCUGAAGAAGCUUAAGACUGUGAAAGGUCCCGUGUGUGUUGUAUCGAUCGCCGGUCCAUACAGAAAAGGGAAGUCGUAUAUUUUGAGCGAAGCUUUCGAUCAACCCGAGGUGUUCCCUCUCGGGCAUCAUUUUGAUCCUGAAACUGUUGGAAUCUGGAUGUGGAUAGUGCCACAAAAAAUGCGGGACUCCACUGGCAGGGAAUGUACCGUGGUCUUAUUAGACUCAGAGGGAAUUGAUGCAGUAAUGGGAGAAGGUUUGGAUGACAAUCAGAUAUUUACUCUCACUGUUUUGCUGGCUUCUGUUUUGAUCUACAACUCAGCAGGGGUUCCCACCAGACAUGACCUCAAUGGAUUGGA